GUUGUGUUCCAGGUUGUGUUCCAGGUUGUGUUCCAGGUUGUGUUCCUGGUUGUGUUCCAGGAUGUGUUCCAGGAUGUGUUCCAGGAUGUGUUCCAGGUUGUGUUCCAGGAUGUGUUCCUGGUUGUGUUCCUGGUUGUGUUCCAGGAUGUGUUCCUGGUUGUGUUCCUGGCGGUGGUGGGCCUGCAGAGGGCGCUGCAGGGAGACUACAGGGGACGUGGUCAACAUGAAGAAGGAAAGCAGCCAGUCAGAGACUGGAGGCCCUCAGGAGAAGCAGCCAUUAAGGAGGAGCAGGAGUAUGUAGAGCUGGUAGCAGCAGAGAAGCACCAGGUGGAGGCUGUGAAGAGUGCCCUGGCCCAGAACAAGACCCUGUCCAUGCUGGAUGAGAUCCUCGAGGACGUCAGGAGAGCUGCUGACCGCCUGGAGGAGGAGAUAGAGGACCACGCCUUCGACAACAAUAAACAGGUUCAUCAACAACACAUAGUUCAUAUAGAGGACAACAAUAAACAGGUUCAUCAACAACAACACAUAGUUCAUAUAGAGGACCACGCCUUCGACAACAAUAAACAGGUUCAUCAACAACAACACAUAGUUCAUAUAGAGGACCACGCCUUCGACAACAAUAAACAGGUUCAUCAACAACAACAACAACAUCAAACACAUAGGUCAUAUAGAGGACAACAAUAAACAGGUUCAUCAACAACAACAACAACAUCAAACACAUAGGUCAUA